AUGGAAAUGUGUUUCAUUCAUUCAUUCGAAAAGAUAAAUGAAAUAUUCGCAAAGAAUGAUGGUAGAAGAUAUUAUAGAGAACUUGAAAGUUCAUGCUAUGACUCUGAUGCUCCAUAUUUUGAUGAUAAACAAACUCAUUUAAGAAUUACAAAUCCGGCUCAUGAUGUGAACCAAUUAGGUGACACAUAUAUUAAACGCAAAGUUAAAGCAACUCUAGUUUCAAAUAAAGCUUUCACAUGUGAUGCCGCUUUUAAAUGCAUGCGUUUAUUCGUUGGUUACAAAUCAUCAAAUCAAAGCUUUAAACAAUUAGAAGUAGAAACCGAAAGAGGUGAUGCCGGUUAUCUUCAGAUGGAUUGCGCCCGUGAAUCUUUCGCAUUUGCAACAUAUAAACCAAAAUCAGAAAGGAAAGUUAAAAAGUUUGUUCAUUCGUUUAUUUAA